AUGACGAUACUGAUAAGUGAAACAGAUACGUUUACAACGGAUUCAAAGACUCGAGAAAACACACCAAUAUAUGAUCCUAAUCAUCCUGGAACCAAUAACAAAUACAAUGUUUCAUAUCAUUAUAAUCCCGAAGUGAGUCGAUUUCAUUAUGGAGCUCUUCAUCCAAUGAAACCUUUCCGAUUAAUGUUGACUGAUCAUUUAGUUAUAUCUUAUAAAUUAUAUGAAAAGAUGGAUUUAUAUACCCCUCGAAGGGCGACCAAAGAAGAAUUACUAGAGUUUCAUUCUGAAGAUUAUAUCAAUUUUUUACAAUCCAUAACUCCAGAAAAAUGUAAAACAAUAGGCAAUGAUACAUUAGCACAAUUCAAUAUUGGAGAUGAUUGUCCAAUAUUUGAUGGGAUGUAUGAUUAUAGUGCCAUUUAUGCUGGAGCAUCUUUGGAUGCUACAAGGAAAUUGAUAUCAGGAAUGUCGGAUAUUGCUAUCAACUGGUCGGGUGGAUUACAUCAUGCUAAAAAGUUUGAACCAUCUGGAUUUUGUUAUGUUAAUGAUAUCGUGUUGAGUAUAAUAAAUUUACUAAGGGUCCAUCCACGAGUAAUGUAUAUAGAUAUUGAUUUACACCAUGGUGAUGGGGUUCAAGAAGCAUUUUAUAAUACUGAUAGAGUGAUGACAGUUAGUUUCCAUAAAUAUAAUGGUGAAUUUUUCCCUGGGACAGGGUCAGUUGAUGAAGUUGGGAUUGGGUCUGGGAAAAAUUAUGCUAUUAAUGUUCCCUUGAGAGACGGUAUAGAUGAUGAGUCAUACAUUCGAUUAUUUAAACUGAUUAUGGAGCCAUUAAUUACAAAAUUUCAGCCAACUUGUAUUGUUCAACAGUGUGGGGCUGAUUCAUUGGGGUAUGAUCGUUUGGGUUGUUUUAAUUUAAAUAUUCGAGCUCACGGUGAAUGUGUGAAAUUUAUUAAAUCAUUUGGAAUACCGAUGUUGGUUGUUGGUGGAGGUGGGUAUACUCCGAGAAAUGUCAGUAGAUUAUGGUGUUAUGAAACAAGUGUGUUGAAUGAUGUCAGUCUAGAUCAUAAAAUUCCUAAUUACUUGCCAACAUAUGAUUGGUUUGGUCCUGAUUAUUCGUUACACCCACAAUUAGACGGUAGAAUUGAUAAUAAGAAUUCGAAAAAAUAUCUCCAAAGUGUGCAAACAACAAUCAUGGAACAAAUACGGUAUUUGAAUCAUGCUCCAAGUGUGCAAAUGUAUGAAAUUCCUCCCGAUCUAACUGGUUUAACAGAGGAUGAAGAUAAAGCGAUUCAAGAAUUAAAUGAAGACAUGGAGCGAGAUGAAAAGAUAAUGAAAGACGAAGCAAAACCAGGAGAGUUAAUGACUUAG